AUGUCCUUAGUCUCUAGUAUUGUCAUUCCAAAAAGUAUGUCAGCAAGGGUGCCUAAGUUGGGAGGAAUCAGCCUUUUAGGAGUUGGUAUAUGGCUUGUUGCAGACCCUGAUGGAUUCCAGAAUCUGUUUACUUCUAAUCCAUUACUAAGUGCUGGUGGCUACAUCCUGCUCAUUGUAGGACUGUCUUUAGCACUUCUUGGAUUCUUGGGAUGUUUUGGAGCAAUACGAGAGAAUAAACCACUUCUGUUAUUGUUCUUUAUACUUGUUUUGGUUUUCUUCACUGUGGAACUUGUUGGUGUUAUUCUGGCCUUGAGUUAUCAGAACAUGGUCAAAGAAGAACAUUUCCUGCAUGAGUUGCAGAUAUAUUACAACGGAGACAACUCUUCUGAAGUUUUCAGCCAGUCCUGGAACACCAUUAUGAUUGCUCUGUCCUGUUGUGGUAUAUCUGGAUUGAAUGAUUUUGAUAACAGAUCCCAUUUCCAUGACCUCUAUCCUAUGGCUCCAUGGCCGGAAGCGUGCUGCAAGCGUGACAACCCAAUGUUAUCUGGAGAAAUCAAGGACAAGCAGAAGUGCAUGGAAAAUACUCCAGACUACACCAAUAAUCAGGGCUGUUUUAUUACCAUUGCAAGAAGUUUGAAGAAAUACAUUUCUGUAUCUGCAGCUGUAGGCUUUGGAGUACUUGGAAUUGAGAUGUUUGCCAUGUUCUUUGCUCUGUGUCUUUAUUACAACUUUGACUAAGAGACCAGGCUGGAUGAAGAUGUCACAGGUUAAUCAUGUCUGGAUAUCUGCUGAGAGAUCAUAUUCAUACAAUUUGGACAUUUCCCUUUCCAAUUACAAUUGUUAAGCUGGUCAGAGGCAAAUAUCACUGUUCCAGCUCAGAGUGUAGAAUUAUUAGGUGCAGUGCCCAGUUAUCAUUACUUGUAGAUUUUCUUUAUCCUACUCACUGUAAUCAAUAACUUGCUACAUCUGCAGCAAUUAAUCAGACAGAUACAGUAAUGUAAUUGCAGUUGGUUAAGAAGCACAAUGGGCAAUCAGAAGAUUAAUAGUUUAUCUAUAUUUUUCAGGAACGCUCAGUACUUCAUUUUAUACAAUGGUGAGCAAUGUGAAUGCUAUUACCUAUGUCCUUUUAUAAGGGAACGUUUGGCAGUUUAGUUGUUACUAUAAGAAUUACUACUGUAAAAUUAUACAUGAAGCACACUAGAUUAUUUCCACAGAUCUAUGCACACAUUAAUAUUCUAUAAAUUGAUACCGGAUAAGUUAUAAAUUCACUCUGGGGAGAUGUGAGGAAUUGGG